AUGAAGACAGCCACAGCCUCGGUUCUGGUGGCUUUCAUCUCCAUAGUGAUGGGCACAGCCUGGGCUCUGUCUUCUCCUGGAGGUAAACCUGGAGCUUGUCCUCUUCUGCCCCCAAAUACUGUUGGAACUUGUGAUAAGAAAUGCUCAGGAGAUAAAUCAUGCCCUGGUGAAAUGAAGUGCUGCAGCAAUGGGUGUGGUCAUGUCUGCAUGAGGCCUGUCUUCAAACUUCACCAAGGCAACUACAGAAGAAAGAGUUUAUUGGGGGCUUACAGUUUCAGUGAGUCUUGA